AUGCCCUCUUCGUACCUUCCCACACCGCCAUCGGAACCAUCAUCGACACCUACGAUAGAAGCAAAACAAGCUACUGUAUAUUUACAUACACCUUUCCAUCCCAAAGCUGAGGUUUACGCCCAAGAGAAGUUUGGAAGGAUACUCCGACCUCAAGAUGGGACAGUCCAGGAAAUCAUGAGUCAAGUCGAUGGAAUAUUACUUCGUGUAUCAAGUGUGACUCGAGAGAUGCUUCUUCAGGCUCCCAAAUUAAAGAUCAUUUCGAGGAAUGGAACUGGUGUAGAUAACAUACAUAUUCCAACAGCCAAAGAAAAAGGAGUGAUAGUGACUAAUUGUCCAGGUGGAAAUGCUCAAGCAGUAGCUGAACUCGCUUUGACAUUAGCUUUAACAGUACUUCGAAGAGUAGUAGAAAUAGAUUCUCGAAUUCGAUCAGGUGAAAAAGUACCUUCAAUAACAGCUUUAGCACCUGGAUUAUUUGCGAAAACGAUUGGAUUAAUUGGGAUGGGAGAUACAUCAUAUGAAUUUGCUAAAUUACUCUUAUCGUUUAAUUGUAAAAUACUAGUUUAUUCACCUACUUCACCAAAAACUCGUUGGACAACCUCUGAUUCAGUCGAAAACAAAAAAAAGUUCCCAAAUGUCAUUCCACAUGAAAGAUGCUCUACAUUAGAAGAAUUACUUCAAGUUGUAGAUGUCGUUUCCUUACAUUGUCCAUUGAAUGAUUCUACAAGAGGAUUAAUAGGUACUAAAGAAUUAGAUCUGAUGAGGGAUGAUGCUAUAAUCGUCAAUACAGCUAGAGGUGGAAUGAUAGAUGAACGAGCAUUAGAAAAGGCUUUGGAAGAUGGUACUUUAGGCGGUGCAGGUAUAGAUGUUUGGGAAAUAGAACCUGCUUAUGGAGAUACGAUGGGUAAAUUAGGUAAAUUGAGAAAUACAGUCGUAUUACCUCAUCUAGGAGGAAGUACAGAUCAAGUCACACUGGAAGGCUGUAUGACAGCUAUAGAUAUCAUGGCAGAUUACUUUGAUGGUAAACCGGUCAAGAAUAGAGUGAUAUAG